GCAAAGCUACAUUAUGAGGCACCAUGGCUGGCAACGCCCCCUUCACCCGCUGCAGGUAGUGGGGAUGUUCAUAUAUGGUUUCUUGGUUGCAUCCUUCUAUAGCUUCCUGGGACUUCUCCUUGGUUCCCAAACAGCUGUGAUUGUUGUCACAUCGAUCUUUUCUUUCACGGCACUUGGAGUUAUGUUUCUAUUUGUCAGGUGCACCGCAAUUGAUCCAUCUGAUAGAACUAACGUCAAAAGGAAGAAUAAGAAGAGCAUGUCGAAUUCACAGCUUAAUUAUGGGUUUCUAUUGGGUCACAUUGUUAUGAGAUUUUUCACUAGGAUUGAGCGCAAGAUCCUUAGGAAAUUCAUAAGGCGCAAGUACCUGGAUCCUUUGAGUACCACAGCUCAAAUGGAGCCUCUGCUUCCAUUCCCGCUUGUCAUUAAAGAUGAUUCAAUUUCUCCUGGCCCACUACAAGAUGACAUUUCAUUUUGUGUCCUCUGUGAUUCUCAGGUUAAAAGGCAUAGCAAGCACUGCAGGACCUGCAAUCGUUGUGUUGAAGGGUUUGAUCACCACUGCAGGUGGUUGAACAAUUGUGUUGGGAAAAAAAACUAUAGGACUUUCAUUCUUCUCCUCAUCUUUGUCCUGUUAAUGCUUAUGAUAGAAGGAGGGACUGCAAUCGCUAUUCUUAUUAGGUGCUUUGCAGAUGCACAAGGAUUAGAUAGAGAGCUUGUGACAAAUCUCCAUUUUCACUUCCCAAGAGGAGUUCUUUCAGCCAUCUGUGUUUUGCUGGUUCUAUUGACAGCUUACGGUUCAGCAGCUCUAGGACAACUUUUCUUCUUUCAUGUUGUUCUCAUCCGCAAGGGAAUGCGAACUUAUGAUUAUAUAAUGGCAAUGAAGGAAGAAAAUCAGUCGCUGGAAAUAGAGGUGACAGAAGAUUCAGAUUUUUCUUCGGAAGAGAGCAUAGACUUUGAUUCCUCUCCUGAAAAAACAAGAUGCGGAUCAACAACCAUGAUGUCCAUGUGUAGAGAAGAGAAAAUAGCUGUAGCAGAGGCAGAGGAGAAGCAGCAAAUACUUUGUGUAAGAAUUGAUGCAGAACCUACAGUGACAAAGAAGCAGGGGGGGUUUCGUGCAAGUAUCAGUCCAUGGAAGCUUAUUAAAAUGAGCCGUGAGAAAGCUGUAUUGGCUGCGGACAAGGCGAGGGAAAGGUUUAUGAGACAAAAGGCAAUGGGGGAAGAUGAUUCACUUAGGCCACUACCUUUGGAGACAAAAAGCGGGCCAUCAAACAUAAUAAUAGAUAGGAACAAGACUCCUAUCGUUGUUGUAAAAGGGAUGUCGCCAAGAAGACGGUUUUCUGUUUCUCCAUCACCGAAGCAGCAGCAGAACAAGUAUAAGAGCAAUUUUGAUCUCAAGUUAACAGAGGUGUCUAAGGAGCUUGAGACGUAUAUUUCCAGGCAGGUCUUGUGUUCUGUUCUCAAGGAGCCAUCCUCAUCCUCAUCCCCAUCCCCAUCCCCAAGAUAGGCAUAAUUCUUAUCAGAUCAGUCUUUGGGAAAGAUGUGUUUCUCAUUGACAURU